CCUCCUCCUCCCUCUCUGCAGUGAGAGUCUGCCGCAACGCGACGAGCGGCCGGAACCGCAAAAGCAACUGCCACCUCCACAGUGGCAGCCUUUGGCUUCUCCAGCUCUCCUCUCCUCCUCCCUUUCCUUUUUGAUUUUCUUCUUCCCCUCCAGGCUCCAGGCGCCGCCUCGCGCAAAAGCUUUGUCCUUUCUUUUCAUCUCUCCUCUCCCCGUCCCGUCGUUCCCUCAUCGGCUCCUCCUCCUCCUCCCCCUCGUGAGUGCUCUGCUCAGCCUCGCGUCGCGGCGCCAUGAGCACCUGCGGCGGCGGCGGGGGCAUCAUCCCCGCGUCGCGCUUCCUGCGCCGCCGCGCCGCCGUCCGGGACCUGGGACGCGACGCCGCCGCCGCCGACCUCGACGCCUUCUGGGCCGCCGCGCCCCGCCUCUACGACUUCUCCCAGCAGCAGCAGCUCACGCGCCCGCCGUCGCCACCUGCGGCCGCGCGGCGCUCGCCUCCGCCGGAGCCCGAGCCGUGCAGCCCCGGCCCCAUCACCCUGCUGCAGCGCCGGUCCCCGCGCCCGCCGUCGUCCCCCGCCGCGCGGCGCUCGGCUUCGCCUGAGCCGUGCACCCCGUGCCUCCUCACCAUGCGGCAGGACCACGAGCGGUCCCCGCGUUCGAUGUCGCCCCGGGCCGCGCGGCGUUCGCCUUCACCGGGCCCGGGCACCACCUGCCUGCUCCUCGCCGUGCAGCGCACCUGCGUGGCCUGGGGCGCGACGCGGCGCGUCGAGUACCCCAGCCGGCACCGCCCGGCCUCGCAUGGCGUUCCCGGCCAGGCAACCCUGGCGGCGGCGGCGGCUCGGUGCGGGGGCGAGGACCAGGAGAGCGCCAGCGGCGGCGCGAAGAAGAGGAAGUGGCUGGAGGAGGUGGAGAAGGAAGAGGAGGCCACGGCGGAGGCGAUGCAGGAGAGCGGCCGCGAGGACAAGCCCGUGGUGGCCAACGCGGGGAAGUCGAGGUCGAGGAACAGGAGGAAGGCGAGGUGGAGUAGCCUGCACCGCCGCCGCGGCGCCGCCAGGCGCGCCAAGAAGGUCCCGCGGGUCGUGAAGGAGGAGCAGAGAGACGAGGAAGCGGAAGCGGAAGCGGAAGCAGAGAGCAGCCAAGGCGUCAAGCCCGCGGUGGUGGAGGCGGAGAAGACGACGAGGGGGAGCAGGAAGAGGGCGGGGUCGAGUGGCCGUGGCCGUCGCCCCGGCGCCGCCAAGCGCGUCAAGAAGACCCCACUCAAGGAGGAGAAGGUGGUGGAGGAGGAGUUGGCGGAAGAGGAGGAAGAGGCGGAGAGCAAGCCCGCCGCUCCCGCUCCCGGCCCUGCCUCGCGGCGCGGCAAGGUUGACCGGUGGACGGCGUGGCGGUACGCGGCGGGCGAGGCGGCGCUGCUGGGCAUCCUGCGCGCGCGUGGCGCCUGCGCCGGCAAGCCCGCGCCGCGCGCCGAGCUGCGGGCGCAGGCGCGCCGCCACAUCGGGGACACCGGCCUCCUCGACCACCUCCUCCGCCACGUCGCUGACAAGGUCCCAGCCGGCAGCGGCGAGCGGGUGCGCCGCCGGUACAACCCAGCCGGCGGCCUGGAGUACUGGCUGGAGCCGGCCGAGCUGGCGGCCACGCGGCGGGAGGCCGGCGUGGAUGACCCGUACUGGGUGCCGCCGUCCGGAUGGAAGCUCGGUGACCCCGUGAUGCCGGAGGCCCGCGCGCUCGAGGUGCAGAAGCAGGUGGAGGAGCUCGCCGGGGAGCUUGACGUCGUAAAAAGGCAAAUGAAGCAGCUCGAUUCCAAUAUGGUGCAAGUGAGCAAGGAAGCCUACAUCUCAUGGAAGGGGUAUGACUGUAUGGUGAAGGCCAAUGGCAGGCUGGAAAAGGAGGUGCUGUCCUUGGAGGAGAAGUACGAGAAUGCGACACAGGUGAAUGGCGAGCUGAAAGAGCUGCUGCUGUUACUGAAGGAAAAGUAUGAUACUGUGCUUGAGAAGAAUGACAGACUGGAGGAGCAGAUGGUUGCCUUGUCCACUUCUUUCCAAUCCAUGAAGGAAGACUUGCUCCUUCAGAGAAUUGGAGAACAACCCAUGCUGAUGUUAGAGCAAGAGCCUUGGGAAGACAAGCAAGAAGCCAGUGCCGGCAAUGCUGCUGCCGGUGCAGGCAACCAGCUGGCUGACUCUGACGCCAUCGACGGCAGCUUCAGCAGCAAUGGUGGCGCUUCCCAUGGUAGCGCAAAGAGGGCUUUGAGGAAGUGCAGCGUGCACAUCUGUAGGAGAGAUGGGAUGUUGCAGUUGCCGAGGACUGCGUCCGGUGACACGGCCACCAGUCCUAGGGAGCUGCCAGAGCCGCUGACACCUGGUGGGGACUUGGUCGUCGCCGACUUUGACGCCGUGAUCAACAGGCUCGCGCCACCGUCCAUGGAGGAGUACCUGAUGGCUGAAGGCCUCCCCACGCCGACAUCCGCCUCGUCCACCAAUGCCUCUCCCAAGCUCCCGCUCCUACCCACCCCAGCCUCGCCGGUCCAGGUCCAGUCACCGCCACGGCAAUCAACGCCACGGCAAUCGACAACCAUGACCAUGGCAAACCUGCAAGCGGCGCAGCCAUACUCUGGCGACCUCAACCUGCAGCUCCGGUGCAUGGACACGUCAUCUUCGUCAUCAGGGCCAUGCGGUGCCAAGGCGCUGAAGCUCGACGCCGGUGCUGGCGGUGGCGGCGUGGGCACGGAGCUGGCCCUGGCGACUCCCACUUACUGAUUCAAUCAAUGCUGACGAGCCCCGAAGAAUGAACAUAUCUUCCCACUGAAGUCUUGCCACACCACCGUUAACAAAGCAAUAGCGGUAACCCAUCUCAGAACAUAGCUCACAGGUCCACAGGAUAGCUGAAGACAGACAGAAGAACACCAGAGAAGAUAGAUUACAUUUCACCUUUCUUAGGCAGUGCAUUUAGCUAAUUUUCUCCGUUAAUUGCCAGUAGUUAUCACUGGUUUCAGUUGGAACUUAGCUGCAGAUGGGUUUGCUUACAGUUGAGCACCAUGCUGCUGCCUGCUACUUCAUUCCUAGUUUGUACUUAUGCUUGGAGAACUUAUCUGACGCUCUGUGACUGUUUAAGUCUGACUGCUCGGGAGGAGUAAGGUUUCACAGUCGUGCCGUUCUUGAUCUUGACUUUGUGA